GAAAGGUAAAGGUCGAAUCGGUUUGCAAUCUUGUAAAACUUACUCAGAUUCACAUCUAUCGAUGCACAGCAGUAAUGUGACCAUGAAAUUACCAAGGUUUUUACAACGAGUCACGGGCAUUCGAAAGAAAAGGGAAAAAAUGGUCCUAGAGUCGAAAAAGCAAGAUACUUCAAGAGGAAAUAAGCUUCUCAGAGCAUACUGGGAGCCUGCCAAGAAGGCAUGCCUCUCAGCACCCCAGAUGGGUGGUAUAUAUGCAAUAGGAUUACGAGGUUUUAGGCAUCCCAUUUAUAUUGGACAGUCUAACAACAUCAGAGACAGACUUCAAACACACUUUAGAAAGUCUUCCAAUGUACAAGCCGUAGACAAAUUUGUUAACAUUAUACCAAAGAGAUUAUUCAAGGUGAAAUAUGUGCAGGACAGGCACCAUAAAGAUUAUGAAGGAGUCUAUCUUGCACACAAUCUGAAACACACAGGAUCAUGGCCAGUGUUUAACUUAAAACAUGGAAAUAGUCGAAAGAAAAAGAGCUUCUGGAAAUUUUGGGAAUGGUGAAGACACCUUUGAUUAUUAAUAAUGUGUUAGAGGACAUUUUACAUGGUUCAGAUUACUUCUCAUCGGUCACUUGGCCAUAUUCAUCCUGGCUUGAUGUAGGUAAUUGCAGGUGUCUAUAAUACAACUCUAGAUAAAAAAUAAAUAAAUAAAUAAAAAAAAAAUCCAAGAUCCACCCUGAAAUUCCACCCUUAAAACAAAUGUGUGUACAUAAUAUUCUGUUAUUUAUAAUUUAUUUAUUUAUGAGAGAGUGAGAGAGAUUGGACUGUAUAGUGCCUAUAAUUGGUAGUAUAUGGAUGUGGCAGCCUUUUACUGAAUUCCAAAAAUGUUUCUAUUUUGAUUCCACAAAUAUGACUUGUAUUGUUUAGAUGCCAUCUGAGAGCAAGUGAUGAAAGUCUAUUCACAGUUACAGAAAAAAAA